GACGCGUUUGGCAUGUUUGGCCUGUGAGUGCUCAUGGCUGGGUCAUGUCUAGCCUCUCAUCCACCAGCACCCCCAAAUCUUUCUCACAGGGCUGCUCUUGAUUUGUUCAUUCCCCAGCCUGUCUUGAUACAUGGACUUGCUGUGACCCAGAUGCAGCACCUUGUAGUUGGUCUUGUACCUUGGUAUUGUUAAAUCUCAUGAGAUUCCCACUUCACGACCUUGCCCAGGUCCCUCUGGAUAUCAUCCCACUCUAUUUUGACAAGUUUAGCAAUUGAGAGAUGAGUGGAAGAAAAUGGUACGGGACACCAAAAGCCUGAUGAUUAGAAGUAUCUUUAUAUUUCUGGGUAGGCUUUGUAGAAAAUACCAUAAAUUCUGAGCUAUUACUGUGUGAUAGUGUGCUGGUUUUGUCUGGGGUAGAGUUAAUUUUCUUCAUGGUGGCUAGUGUGGAGCCAUACUUUAUUGCAAAGUACCUUUGUACUUGCGCUGAACACAAGUAAAGCCACACUAGCGAGCAGGUUGGGGGUGGAGGUAUCACCAGGACAGUUGACCCAAACUGACCAAAGGGAUAUUCCAAACCAUACGAUAACCUGCUUAGUAUAUAAAGCUGUGUGAAGGGGAGAAUGUUUGCAGUUACAGCUUUUGUCUUCCCAAGUAACACAUGGGAAUUACAUGAGAAUUACACAUGAUGGUCCUGUGGUCUCCUGGAGAUGACCAGCUUAGUUUUUGUGGCACAGAUAGGAACUCCUAACCUGUGCUUUCACAGGUUUUGUUUGAAAUAGCUUUUUCAUUUGCAUAAAAGAAACACCAAUUGUCUGGUAUCUAUUUCCAUAGUAGAAAGUGCUGAUGAAAAGUAGAAGAUGGGUUGAACCUGUGUUAGGGUAUUCUUUCUGAAUAAGUCUACUUAGACUUACAGCUUCAGGAAAACGGGUCCAGUGAGCACAUCUAAGCUUUCAUGACUCAUUCUCUGAAGUCUUAAGCUCAGAGGAGAAAUGACCAUCUGUUUGAGAUUGUUUAUAACUGUCAGUGUUUAAAUAGCUUUAUUUUGUUCAAAAUGUUGAGUCCUGUGUACCAGUUGGGCUGAGCAGACACAAAAAAUAGAAAACACAAUCAAAAGCACAUUGGCAUUCUGUACAGAAAUGAAGUGUUAUGAACUAAAGAAAAGUUACUAUUUUGUGCCUUAUGCCCAUCAACACUUCCAGUAAGUUUGAAUCAUUUGUUAUAUGAGAUUUCCUGGUUGUGAGACAGUGUUACCCCCUGUAUGACAUUGGGCUGAGGGGGUAAACACCCUUGAAUACCAGUAUGCCAGUGGGCUAUUCGAUGCAUGAAACAGACUACAAAAACUGGCUUAAUAAAGGGAUUGGAUCGGGUGGCGAUCUGGGAAUAGUGAAGUUGGUGUAGCAUGUUUGACAUACCCUGGCAUGAUUUUUUUUUUUUUUUUUUUUUGAGGUUAAGUUUCUUUUCAGACACCAGGUAAUAGGUUGCACAGAAGAAGGCUGGGUAUCUGAUGGACUUGUGGUAUCUGAUGGACUUGGUUUUUUUGUGGGUUUUUUUUGUUUGGUUUUUUUUGGGGUUUGUUUUGUUUUGUUUUAUUUUAGCUCCAGUUGUUUCUGUAUGAAAACAACUGCUCUUAAAGUGAGAUUUUUUUUUCCCCAGAGAGAAUAAAGAGGAGCUUUUAGUCGUGUCUUAAGUGACAGUUUAUCUGCUUAGAUUUGGAUGAGAUUGUUGGUACUUGGAUAUGAAAGAUUAAAGGAAACCUGUUUGAAGAAACAGCUUGGCUGUUGCAGGAUAUUUUGUGCCAGAGGUUUAUUGGAGCGAUGUCAGGAAGCAAAUGGUUUGCCAUAGAUUUUAAAUAUAAAACUUAUGAUGAUGGUAAUUAUGAGUGACUUUUGACGCCUGUAGAUGGCUGCUGGUUACCUCUGCCAAAUUUGAGGUUUUUCAUACUUGAGCAAACACAAUAUAGAGUUGGACUUCAAAACUUCAGGUGUAGAGUGAGUUGCCUUUUUGUUUUGUUUAAAGUUGCAGGUGGAUAUCAGGGAUUUUUGGUAUGAAAAGACAAAUGAGAACUUAGACCUGCUGGAUGUUUCACCUGAGGGUGUCUCAUAACAGUAACAAGGGGUUUCAUUAUCAAGCUGUGAUGCUUAGCACAGUGUGGCCUAGGCAUAGUGGAGGUCUUGUGUGGCAGCAGUGGAAGAAAGGCUUUUACAGCAGUCAGACUAAGGAGAAAUGAGAUUGUUGGACGUAUGUGUUAAUAAAGUUAAACAUAACAUAUUGGUUAUCUUGCAUUUUGCAUUGCUAAUGCCUGAAAUCAGAUAGGUCUUUAUUCUGCCCACUUUCAGGGAGAGGUCCCUUGCAAGUAGGUCACAGGGGCUACUGUUCAGUUAUUCUGGACUUUGUUAAACCUUAAAAGUGGGUAAUAGUCUGGCUGUCAUGACAGGGAGGUGGUUUAAAUUAUUUUCACCCAUAAUGGAAAGUAGGAAAAUUACUUCUCACUUAAACCUGGCAACAGUCUCCUUGAAUUAGUAGCUCUUCAAAAGUUGAACAAAAUGGUCUGAUGGUGAAGUAGUUGGGGAGUGAUAGUGGAGGGUUGAGUAUGUUGCAUUGUGUUCUUAAAAUGAUGUGAAUUUUAGUAAGGUGCUAAGGUAGCAGCUAAUGAUAUCUUAUGGAAUCUCAGAACAGUUGAUGUUGGUAGAGACCUCUGGAUACCAUCCAGUCCCAACCCCUUGCCAAGGCAGGGUCACCUAGAGCAGGUGAUACAGGAAUAUGUCCAGGUGGGUUUGGAAUGUCUUCAUGCUUCCUUGAACAGCCUGUUCCAGUGCUCUGCCACCAUCAGUGUAAAGAAGUUCUUCCACAUGUUGAGGUUGGACUUCUUGUGGUUUAGUUUAUGGCUGUUGCUCCUCAUUCUGUCUCUGAGCACCACUGAAAAGAGUCUGGCACCACCCUCUUGAUACCCGCCUUUGAGACAUUUGUAUACAUUAGUGAGAUCCCCCCUCAGUCAUCUCUGCUCCAGACUGAUCAGACCCAGUUCCUGCAGUCUCUCCUCAUGAGGGAGAUGCUCCAGGCCUCAAAUCACCUUUGUGACCUCUGCUGGACCCUUUCUGGUGGCUCUUCUUCUGUCUUCUACUGAAGAAACCAGAACUCGACCCAGUCCUCCAGAUGUGGCUUCAGCUAGGGCUGAGUACAUGGGAAGAAUCACCUCCCACCUUAUAUGGAUAGGAUUUCACAUCCAUUUAUAUACUUCUAGAUUUUCUUGCUCUUUUUCAACUUCUUGAGGUAGAUUUCUGUGCUGACUUUUUCAGAAUGAAGCAAAGAGGUGGUGGAGUAUCCUAUGUUAGAAGACGCUCAGAAGCUCCCUGGACAUGGUCCAGGCUUCUAGUUAGUCCUAUUUGAGAAGGGCAGUUGGACCCAGUGAUCUCCAGAGGUGACUUCCAACCCUGAGUGAUCAUUGUGUGAGUUUAGGUGGUCAGAUGUUCUUAAGGGUGGUGUAUGUGAUGCCUUAUUGAGCUGAAUGUCAGCUUUGGAAAACUUGUGGGAAACAUCACAUAUAAUUGCUGGAGCAGCUAUGGAAUUUGAAACAUGACAGAGUCUGCAAAAUCAGGCUUGCAAAUGAAAAGUCUCUUGUCUGCGUUCUGUGUGUAGAUUCUUUAAUCUUCUCUAAUAACUCAAAUUCAGCUAUCAACAAGAACAAAAAAAAAAGAACCUAACACCGCAAAACAAGGAAAAAAAUCCCACCCGACAAAUUUGCUAAAUUCCACUUUUUUUUGCAGGUGAACUUGAUAAACAAAGGAGUUAAGCAUUAUUGUUGUUCUUUACUAGGAUAUUAGUCUUUUUCUUAAUUUAGUAAGAAUACAAAGUUGAUGUGAUAAGUUUAGAAAGUUCUCCAAAAGGAAGGAAGACGAGUAUGGCAUGUAGUCAAGGUUUCCAAAAAGAAGCAGUCAAACCUAGGUGAUUUGACUGGCCCUUGGUAGAACUGACAAUGUUGGGAUGUGCAGUGUAUGUAUAGAAGCCAUUUCAUCCAAGCUGUUGAGACACACCCAGUUAAAGCAGCUUAUAAGGGUUGAUAGCUGAUAGCUUUUUUGAAAAACGUAAAUGAAGCUUUCAAAUAUGAAAGGUUUGGAAGUCAAGAUGUUGUGUAGUAGAGGGCUCCCAGCAACCUUGAGCUCACCUGAUGAAGCUUUUGUUGAUUUCUUCUUGUUGUUACUUGGUUUGUAUUAAUGUGCUUUAACAUUUAUGUCAGUUUUUGAGAUGUCCUCCUCUUCUCCUCCAUGCAUCUGUAAAUAUUUAUAAUAAAAUGCUAAGUUGUUGAGGCUUCAGUUCCUUUAUUUUUAAGCUUUCAGGAGCACAUGUGUUUUGCUAGAAAUACUUGACUCAUAUUCUUUCUGGUUGGUAGUCUUCUGCAGCAUGAGUGUUUGGGGGACACAGCUUCGUGGAGUGAAGGAGUUUGUUUCAUAGAGGUGGUAAUAAGAGUGUUUACCUCCCUAAUGAACUCCCAAGAUCCCAUGGUUGCAUGCUGUUCAAUCAUUGCAUCACAAACACUUGGCUAAAAACCAGAGUAGGAACAAGCAGUCCCAGAAGCAGAUUGCUCCCUAAGGUGAACAGAAUCUGCUUAGGUCAGUUUACAUUGGCACAGUUUAUUCUGGAUCAGGUAAUCCAAUUGUGAUAGGUUUGCAAAACAAUUUAUACCACUUUUCUCCACUUGCUUUUCAAGUGCACUCUCUCUGCCAGCUGAAUUGCAUCUACCACUUACUGCUUUCUUAGUUCUCUUGAAAGAUUCCUGCUGCUUCUUUCCUGUGCCUUGUCUUAAUAAAUACAGAAAUUCACCUUAAGAGUUAUACCUCUUCUUAGUGCCUCAGAGAAGAGCUUUGCUAGUACUGUUAGUCUGAAUAGCUAAUCCAUGUACUGUAAUGGAUUCUGUAGAGAAAUAUAACAAUCUGUAUUUUGCAUAAUCAAAAUAAAAUGUAACAGACUGAUGUGACACUUGGGAGACUGCACCACUUACUGUUUUAUAAAAUACUGGGAAUAAGAAUUGGUUUUAUGGAUUUUUUUAUCUCCUCUGCCAUUUUAUAUUAGUUUUUGGGUUACUAUUCAGACAUUCUUUUUCAUUUGACACUUAAUGUUGGUUUUAGACCCUGUGGGCGUGGUAGGGGGACAAAUAGUUGGUACCUGUGUUGUAAAUCACUGGUGGGGAAGGAUGUCACUGAGCAUUUUUGUAUUUUCUGAAAUUCUCGGUGAAUUAAGUGCUUUUGGUAGUGUGUGAAAAAAUUAAAAUGGGAAGAGAAAUACAAGAGAAAUUCUGGGGGAAACAUUCUUUCUAAUUUUAGCCUGUAGUGCUUGGGCAUACUAAGAUAUUUCCAAAAUCCCUAUGAUAUUUCCAAUUAGUGUUUCUUCCUCUGGAAGGCUGUUUAAAGCACUUCUGCUGUGUGUUAGAACUUGAUGUGUGGUUAACUCUUUUCCUUGAGGUUUACCUGCCUUCCUUCUGAUGGGUUUACUGAAGAGUGUUGACUUAAUUGUAGGUUUUCUUUGAUAAAUGAAGUAGAAAGCUCAACACUCUCUGUACUGUUGCAUAAACAAACAAAAAAAAAAGUCAUUUAUUAACUUCCUGGAACAAAAUGCUUUUCCUCUCAGUCAUUGUUGUCCCUGUGUGUUUGGGAAUCUUUACAUGUGUUCUGCAUACUUCUGUGAAACAGGAAUGCAGCUGUUGAAUAAAUUGGUAAUGUUUUUUGUUUUCAGUGCGUCACUUUUCUGUUACCAGAAUUGGAAGGGAGACCUUUAAUCGUACUGAUUUUUUUUUCUUAGAUUGUGCUUUUUGAAGCACCUGAUAUGAGUCUGUCUUAGUUAAAGCUGAAAACAUUGAGUAGCUUUUGAGGCUUCUCUUGUACUACAUCCCUCAGUUCCCUCUCUCCUUUCUGAUAUAAGAGGAAGAAGGCGAAGGAAAUGUAUUUAAUGUAAUAUUUAGUACUUCAGUUUACUCAUUAUGCUUUUUGAUUUAUUUUACAUACUGUUCUGUUUGAGACUAGAAAAUUGCUCAUGAAAAAGUUACACAUGAAAUUUUGGAGAAGGAUAUGGAUGAAGUUCCUUAUGGAGCCAUAGUCUUAAAAUAUGAGCUUGUAUAACUCUUGUUCAGUGUUUAAAGCAGGUGAGUACAUCAAGGAUCAAUGAAUAAAUGCAAUCUCUGCUAGCAGCUAACUGUUUGAACAUAUCUGGUAGCAUACCCUACCUGAUACCCUCUUGAUAAUACAUCCUAGAAAUUAAAAAGGCAGGGGGAAGUGGUGUUGUCUGUUGGCUUUGUAUGCUUAUCUACACUACACAGUUCAUGCAGUAGCUGUUGCUGGAAGCUUGGAGGGCGUUCAGCCACUGAGCUCUGUUCCUUACUGCAGUAAUAAGCUUUUCGUUGUGGUUCAUUAAAUGCAGCUGCGGUGAAUUAGAACCAGAUUAAGUAAAUUCAGCUGAUCUGCUUUGAAUGUUCCAGGUAUUUUUGUCAAAAGUUACAGGCUUGCUUUCUUUUUGGGCCCUUACUGGAAAGAAUAGGUAAUUACGGAAGCUAAACAAACUCAGAAGGUGUCACAGUUUUCAAAUUUGAACUAUGUUAGUUCUAAAAAUUCCAAAUUACUUUUUCUUUCUGUGAGAGAUAAAAAUCAGCUGAGGAACUGGUAGUUUGGAGACAACCAUGUGACUUCUCUAACGUCUGAUACUUAACACUCUAAAAAUAAUUGCCAUAUGGGAUGUCUUUAUUGUGAGGACAGCCUCUGCUAGUUGAGAACCCUUCUGUGUUUAAGCACUUUCUGCUACUAAACAUUUUUAGCUGUUAUCUAAGUGAAAUUGUCAUACAGCUUUAAAUGAGAGCUGCUGUCGUUGUCCAAAGAUGUUGUAGAAAAGGAAGUUAUUUUCUCUGAAUUUAAUAGGGACAGUUACAGCAGUAUUCUCUGUUCUUCUCUCUGUGGAAUGCAUUUUAGAUCUCUGUUAAAAACAAACUGAAUAAAUAAAUUGAUGUUACACCAGUGAAAAAUGCAGCAAAUUAAGACUAACACUUGGCUGAAUUUGUUUCAAGCCUUUCUGUUACAGCUGCUUAACCUUCUAGCAACCUAGAGAGAUUUUGUAGGUUUGGUGGAGGUUAUUUGGAGACAUGCAUGCCAGACCCUGUUUCAGCAGUUCUUCUUCCUUGUUCUGAAGGGAGUUUAGACAUAAGCUGUUGUAAACAAAUAGAAUAAUUCUUACAGAGCCAUUGAAUGUCCUUUCAAAAUGUGGAGUAAAGAAAGCAAAAUCUAAAGUUGUACACGCUUCUGUGGCAGAGGUUAUAAUUAGUAUAUGUAGUCUCUGGUGCUUUGAAUUUACAGUAAGUUUGGGAGAUAAGUUACCAAUAGUCCAUAUUUUUGCAAAUGGGAAGAAUUACUAUAUUAAAAGCUAUUUUCAUUGUCAGUCAAGUCAUGCUUGAUGGCAGAUCAUCAGUGUCAGAAUGCUGCUCUCUUUUACUUGUGUGGUAUCCCACUCUUAGCUUCCUUUUGUCCUUGACUCUUCUAGUGUCAUAGACCUUAGAUAAAAUGACAUUAGACUUUGUGACUAACUUUUUCAACCUUUCCACACACUGACAUCUUAGAAGUCUUUUCAACAUCAGGCUCCAGAGCUUUGGUGUCAGAAAAUUGGCAGUCACAAGAUUAAAACGAUUUAUUUAAAUAUUUCUUUUUUACAAAUUCAUAGAAUUGUAAAGGUUGGAAAAGACCUCCAAGGUUAUUGAGUCCAGCCUUUGACCAGACAUGACCAUGUCAACUAAACUGUAGUAUCCAGUCAUUUUUUUGAGUACUUGCAGCAAUCAUGAACUCUGCCAUCUCUCUGGGCAGCCCAUUCCAGUAUAUAACAAUCCUUUCAGUGAACCAUUUCCUCCUGAUGUGCCAUCUGAAUCUUCUUCUGUCCCAAUUUAAGGCCAUAUUCUCCUGUCCUUUUGCUGGUUGCCUGGAAGUUGCCUGGAAGAGGAGGCUGACUCCCACCCAGCUACAGUCACUUUACAGGUAGUUAUAGAGAGUGGUAAGGUCUCCCCUGAGACUCCUUUUCUCCAGAAUGAACCAGAACUCAUUCAUCCACUCCUCACCAAACUUACUCUCCAGACCCUUCACCAGCUCCUUUGCCCUCUCUGGACCAGGCCAUCCAGACAGUUCUUAACCCAGUGAAGAGUGCACCUGUUCUAGUUAUGGGCUGUGGCUUCUUCUGGAGAAAUUGAAAUAAUUCACUGCAGGUGCAGCUGCAUUUAGCCUCAGGCAGCUACUCCUGAUUUGCUCUGUCUUCAUAGAGUAAAAGAGCUGUAAUUCAGCAGAAUCUGAGCACUUUGACAUCUUUUAUCUGAGAAACAGUUUUGCAGAGCUGACUUGCUGGUUACGUGUGACUGUGCAGUGUGUACAGUAUUUAUGCGGUAGAGAAAGCUUAAAUUCCUUUUUUCUUUAUUGAUGCUUCUAGGAACUUACUCUUCUAGUAUUUUACCCAAAAUCAGAGAAAAGAAUAAACUUUUGAAGGCUAAAAGUUGAACAUUGACUGAAAGUUACAUUUAAUAUAGAAUAGUAUAAAAUGUUUGCACAGUGAAUUAAGUAGAUGAAAAUCCUGUUUGACUUGUUGGUUUAAAAACAGCCUAACAAUCAUGUCUUCUUUAAUAUUGUAUCUGUAUAAUGGGACAAUCAAACACGGUUUUGAUCUUUGAGAUGUGUGAGUUGUUAAUACCAGGGCUGCUGUACUCAGAGGUGCUGGUCUUUGUUUAGGAAGUUGGUGGAAAGUAGUUUCCUGCAUUGUGAAGAAGGAAAAGUCCUAGCUUUAUUGCUGUGAGACAAUAUAGCACUUCAUACGACCUAAAUCCUUUCGAAUUUUGCUUAUCCUGACUGCAGCUUCAUUUCCAGAAGUGGGAAAUGCCUAUGUUUUCAUGUUAGUUACGCUGUUUUUUUAAAUACCUACACCUGAAUUGUGGGCAGAAAAGCUUAAAUUAAGUCUGUCCAACUGAAUAUUGUGAACUAAAUACUCUUCUUCAUGAUUCACAUUGUUUUAGAGCUAGAAUGUGCUGACGUCCAGUGGCACAGAUUUCUUCAAACUCAUCUGCUGCUUUUAUAAUAUGGGGAAUCUGUUACAGGGUAAUUAGACCACACUUUUUUGACAACGGCAUCUAAGGGAGUUCAACUCCUACAAACAUAACUGAACUACGUAAAUAGUGUAACUUUUAUCUUUUUAACUGUUUUGGACUUCUGUAUAUAUUUAACGGAAUAUAUGAAGUAGCACAGUGAUUCCCCAUGCCUGAUACCAACAAGGGUUUAUUCCUUACUAUAACACUUUGUUCAGAUUGCCCCAAAGCACUGAUGCCUCUUGAGUUCUUGUCAGCAUGUCAUCAGGGCUUACUUUGAUGUUUGGGUUUUUUUUUUCCUGCUGUUGUAAAACAUAUUCUUGAUUUUCCUGGUGAAGUAUAGAUGUAAGUACUCUGUAGUUUAGGUGAUGCAGCAUAGACCACUGUCAUCUUUUUUGCAAGAUAACGUGUGAGGAGGGAAGAGGCAUAUUGUUUCUGAAAAAAUCUGCAUUAACUUACUGAUUUCUGUACACGAGACAGCCAGUUCUCUGCCUAUGCAUAAUGUUCAGCUCAUUGAAGUGAAACUUCCCUGUUUUGGAAGUCCGCUUCAUUAUGAAACAAAGGCUAAAAUGUCCAAGCUUGGGUUCUUCCCUCCAUGUUAGAGCUAUGUUGCAGUAUAAAAUACAUCUAGUUUAUUUUGAGAUAUUCUUCAAGACUUGAGAAGUCAUCCUUUGGGUGCCAUGACAAAUAGUGUGAUUUAACAAAUCUCUUAAAAAGGCUGUUAGAGAUAAACAAGGAUUUAACUUUCUUAUCUCAGACUUGUGUUCUGGGUGAAAGCAGAAGGCUUUCUGCAGUGCCUCAGAUUCAGUGCAUUUCUGUAGUGAAAUUAUAAUAAAAAUACGCAGGUUAGCCCAUAUAGGAAGCAAGCAUAUUCUAAGUCAGAUGGCAUCAGUAUGCUGUUUUUCAGCUAUUGAUGUUCUCAAAGUGUUUUUUUGGUUUACUGUUGUGUAUGUGUCCCUUUCCAAGCUUUUUCUUCAUACUCCUGUGUGUACUACAGCAAGAUUUUUGGGGCACAGGCAACUUUGUAGAACUUGAUAUGCAUUGAUAGAGGGCAAGUUUUUUCAGAACUGUGUGCUGUUGGUCUGACUUCAUUUAUGCUAUCUUAUAAGACUUCUUACCAUCUAUUUCACAAGCAACUGUCUUCAUUUUCCUUUGAUAUUGAAACUUGAAGAUGUACAGGGCAAUAAAAUAAAUUGUCAAAGAUUUGAAAAUUGUUCAAGUAUUUGGGAGCUCUAUUAUAGUGGCAUACUUCUGUGGCUAUGUUUCUCUUGCUAUGGAAUUAGGCAUAUAAUUAGUUUUGUGUUGAAGGGGGUAUUAACCUCAGGUUUUUUUUUAAUGCAGCAAUAAGUAUCUAAGUGAUGAAAUUAUCUUUUUGAAACUAAUUGGAAAGCAAAUGGCUUGAUCUAGAUUUUGUUGUUAGAUUUCAGAAAUACGUGUAUAUAUAAUGCUAAGACACAGAUGAUAGAAAUGUCCACUACACAAAUUGUAGUUUUAAUAGGUUUGGGUCUAAGACACAGCAUAGAAUAAUAAGUGAAAGAAUAAAGCAUGACAGUCAAAAUAUGUGGGUUAGCCUAUGUAAGGAGCAAAGCUAUAUUAAGGCAGUUUAGUGAUACAUAGUUCAAUGGUACUUGGACUACUGGAGGAACCUGGGAGUGGGAGACAAACUAGAUACAACUUGCCAUGACGAAAAGGUUAGAAGAAAGAACUAGAGCAUGUGGAACCCAAGUGGUCCCAGAAACUUCAUAUUUAUGGCCAAAAUAGUAAGAAAAUCUGAUUACCAGUAUUAAUGGUGAUAUAUUAAAUUAUUGACAGUUUUAACAAGGGGUUCUGAAAUUUUUGCUUCUCUGUUCUUGAAUUCAUGUUUGUGCAAGAAUCCCCAUCCCCAGAGGUCAGAAACCUUAAGACCUGGGCAAGGUUUCUGUGGUGACUGAAAGCAAGAGCAAGAGUAUUUUAAACUAGUGAAUCUUUUAAAUAUUCAUUGCUCUGCAUUUUUAAUUGGAUUAUAGAAAUAAAAAUUUCUGCGCACAAGACAGCACAGCAUAUGGAUCUGUCAUGUUAUAUCUAUAUUGCAUUAUUCAUUACUCGUGGUAUAUCAGGAUUAAGAAAUAAAAGUUAUGUUCAUCUGGUAUAGGAAGCCUUUGUACUGCUUUCAAAGAACCUAUUCCAGUGACUGCCUACUACAGGUGUGGCAGGAUGGGACAAAUCAUAGCUCCAGAUAAGCUUUGUUAUAUAACUAAAUGUGAUUAUUGACUUGAGACCACUAAGAACACUUCUCGGAGACUGAAUAGUCAGUCUUUAUCCACAGUAGAUUUUGAGAGUAAACUGGCCUUGGCCAUGUGUUUUCAUGCUAGCUCACUAUGGGUUGUUAACAAAAAUGGCUUGUUGAUGUCUUCACUCUUCCUAAUUUGGAAUCUUCUUUAAAGAAGUCAUAGAAUAGAAGCCUUCUAACUGUAGGUUACAAAUCUCAUCUCGUCUUGACUGAAGAGGGCAGAGUAUGCUGACUGAAAAUGUUUCCGUUUGAACAGUUCUCUGUUCUUCCAACCCCUCAGGCCCAGCUGUGGGGGGAAGAAAACGGUCAAGUCAGUUGUUGCCACAAGUCCCUGUUCUUUGCUUUCCAUGGUACUUUGAGGCCCUUCACCAAACAAUGAAAGCAAGUAUUUAUUAUUUGGAUAAUACUUAACCUCUAAGAUGUGAUCCUAGGCCAUUUAAGCAAUUUUAGUCAUCAUGUCCAAGGCUGUUUAGGUAGUUUGUUUGCUGUCAUAUCUCCUGGAAGGCACAUACUGGCAAAUCCCAGUGCAUCUUCCCCUGUGUUGCUAAUUGAGCUGUUGUCGUUAUGAAGAUCUCUUCUCCCCCAGAAGGUUUCCUCAGUGGAAGAAUUAAUGUUUCCAGUGCAAAAAUUACUUGAUUCUAUGUGUACAUAAUGGUGCAUGCUUCAGUUUGAUUUGAAUUCAAUUUUGUGUUGCACAUAAGCUUUGCUUGUCAUGACUUUUGGAGCUGAAAGAGGGAUGCUAUGACAUGUCAGUCUGUCGGGCCACUGAUGAUCUGGGCUUAUGGAGACAUCUAAGUGUGUAAGCAGUAUAUUGUUGUCCAGCCUGAUAUCACUUUGAUAGUACUUGUAAAGAUGGGUAUAGAGGAAGGGAGAGGCAUGGUGAUUACUAAUUUCUGACUUUGAGCUGCUUGUAUUUUCCCUGUCUUUGUAUGGUGUUGAGGAUGUCAUUUUUUGUGCUAACUAGUAGUAUGCAUGAAGGUUUAAGGGGUAGGGAUAUUUAGGUAGGAUACAACUUUUCUCUUGUCUAGAUCGUGUUUCAGCUAAAAAUACCCUGUGAGAGAGCAAAAACUCUCCUGAGGAGAGGUCCUGCAGUUUGAAGGGUUAACUGUGAUGCAGGAUGCUGGGUUCAUGCCCUGGGGAUCUGCUGAAGUGUACACUCUGAUGGAAUGUCUGUGAUAGGUAGGCCCAAAACACACCACUAUCUCUCUCAGUUUACCACUGAGCAUUGAGCAAGGAGUACUGCCAUGAAAAGUCAGCACAUGAGACUUGUUCCUGUAACCUUGUCACCCUUAUCCUGGAAGAUGAAUCCUGUCAUCCAUCCUCUGUGGCAGUGAAGACAGUUGAGUGCACAAGGGACAAAACCAUAUUGUCCUUCAGGAAGAUGCACCAAAGAGUAAAUGGAGUUGUGUGUGGCCUUGAAGGUGACACAUACUUUCUUGAUUGGAAGAGUGUCUUUUUCUUACUUGUAUUUUUUUGGUUAGUGUGCCUCUUCAGCCAGACUAACUUGGUUUGCUUCCUGUUCCUCUAUGUUGGUAAACAUAAGCUUUUGAAAUUGGCAGUGGGGAUGAAGGAUGCAACUGCAGUACGAAAGGACGGCAAAUUUUACAUGGCCCAACUGGAAUGCUGAGGUAAAUGCUGAAAAAUUGAAGUAGGCAUCCUAGCCAGUUCAAGUGGAUGUUGACUUUGAAACUCUUCAGCCUAUCAAGUUUCUAAUAUUUGAAGUGUCAUCAAGUUGUCUCCUUUUGCCCUACUGAAUCUUCUGUUUUCUUGUGUUAGUAGGCUUGAGAGGACUGCAGAUGUCUAAGGCUGAAGGAAAAUGUCUGCAAUAAGAUGCAGUUACCUCUUGAAGAAUACAUAUGUGUUUUGACAGAGCCAUAUUGCCUUGGGAAGCAUUUUGUUACAAGGCUGGGAGAACUAACAUAGGAGACUGGGACAGCAAAUAAGAGCAAUAAAUGUAGUUGGCAAGAUUUUGUGGCUAGUAGAGUGCAGUUGAAAAAUCAUUCCUGUUCAAAGUCAGUCUUAUUUAAAGUAUGAUUUAAGUAUUGCAAUUGUUCAGAGCUUAUUUAUUUGAGAUCUGAAUAGCUGUUCGUGAUUUUGUAUUCAUCAUUUGUGUUCAUCAUUUUGGUGAAACUCUUUCUGAACAUAAAUACCGUGUUCUGACAGCCAGCUGUGUUCAAACAGUCCCAACUUGAUAUUUAGUAACCAAAGUAAUAAUUUUCCCUUAGCUAGCUUUGAAGUUUUUUUAAUAUGAAGGAGGGCAAUACAAGGAAAAGGUAUAAUUUUGCGCCGAGUUUUGGGGGUUUUUCCUUCUAUAUGAGCUGAUUAGUAAUGCAUGUUGAUACUCUCUUGCUCAGGAAAUUUGUUAUAUUGAUACAAGUGGUUGUGUGUUUAAAUUGAACUGAAUAAUUAGAAACGUAAAAAUGGUUAUCAUUUAUUGGGGUCUCACUUGAACUGAUCCCUUGAUGGAAUGGAGGUGCUUGUUUUCUUUACAGAAGACUGUUAGAGUUGGUCUUUCUAAUAUGGGUUCUAGGAUAAGUUACCCUGUAUGUUUCCCUUCCCUUACCCCAGCUGAUAGGAUAAUCAGUAAUUUCAGUCAGAAGAGAUACAUUUUUUAUGUAGAUUAGUCCAUUGCUAAGCAAUGUUCUUGCCUUGUUGUACACACCUUAUUUUUUCAGAACUCCUUACAAGUUGUUGUGUUCAUUCCUAAUGCAUAGUAGCUUUAGUAGGGCACUGUUUAGAGUAUCCUAAUACUCUUAAGUAUUUUGCAGAAAUGUUAAGAGUUUCCAAAAGCAUUUCAUACUGAGUGAAGACGUUUUCUUUUAAUCUAUGUAUACAUUUUUCAUGUUCCUACAAAUAUUUACAUUCCAUAGAUAAUUUACACUUUCUUGCUUCUGUCCGUUUUAGUGUUGUCAGCAGCAAUAUUAAGUUCUUUCAUAUCUCUACUAAUAGCUGUUUAUUGUUCAUGUCCGCAGUUUUUCAGUUGUCUUCUCAUUGCUUACCUGGAAUAGGCAAGCCUUCUUUCCUGUAGAAAGCUUCUGCAGAUUAACUUCUGCAGCAUCAGUCACGGGGGUGAAUUACAAUCCUUUUCCCUAAAAUUCAUGAGACUUUUUUUUUUAUAACCAUCUUCAUUUUAUUCACUUAUUUCAACUCAUCGUGACUUUGAGGCCAAGAUAUAGAAAUGUUAAGUGGUAUUACUUCUUUAGUGAUUCAUUGAAGAGUUUGUGAAAAGGUUCUCCUUCUAAACUGCCACUUUUGAGAGGCUAGAAAUUGGUUUUUAUUGUUUUAAAGGGCUCGUGCUUUCUGGUCUUAUGCCUGUGUUUACAUUAGUAACUUUUAAAGUUAGUUUAAGAUUUGAAACCACCUCAUUAUCAGAAAAAUUCUAAGUUUUCUGUGAAGUUUUCUAUCUUUCAUCUAUUGUAUCACAGUUCUUCCAUAUAAUUUAGCAUAAAUCAACAGGCGUUCUACUGGUUUCUUCUCCUGAGUUGAAUGAGUUCUCACCAAGCAAUACCCUGAUCUAGUUUGUGUUGCAGAUUCUUUAAUAGUGUAAUGGAGGGAACAGCAAAUGAAUGUACGUGUAGGUGAGGAGGGCUGCUAAUGGAGAAAUAGUGGUUUAUACUAUUAAACAAAAAGUGAAAACAGAGACAAAGAAACAAGCAUUGUUUAGCCUGUUUGUGCAGACUCACCAAGCACAAGACAUGCUGUUAAUAUGUGGAUUUCAGAACAAUCAUUAAGUGCUUAUUGACAUCUAUCCUUCUUAUAGGGAAACUAAGAGUGAGUAGGUUUUUUUUCUGACAGGCAAACUAAAGACAUGUUAACUAAAGACAUGCCUCUGCCUUUUGUGUGUGUUUACCUGUAAAGGACCUGGGAUGUUCAAGCAAGCUAUGUAAUAGUUUUUCCAUAUGCUAGAUGGAACAAUCUCUGUCAUCUCUUAUUGUACAGCUAUUUUGUGUGUGCAAAAAUUAGUAAUGUGCUUUUGUAUAUGCUUCUAAGAUACUUGACCAUUUGCAAAAAAGGACUCCUUCAAAUUAACACUCCGGUAAAGAUAAAAAUCACUAAAGAGAAAGCAUGAAGAAUUGGAUCUAUUCCAAGUAUCAAUACCUCUGCACUUAAAAUUUUAAUACCUAAAAAAAAUUUGUUCUGCUGAGUUGGGCUUUUUAAAGCAAAAUUCAGCAUCUGUAUUAUGCCAGGUCUUACCUUUCAGUGAGGCCUCAAAUAAUUAAGAUAUUUUUUUUUUAAUUUGACAUGUUUAGCAAUAGUCCCCAUCGAAAAGAAAUAGCUUACCCUUGUUAAAAUGCAUUGAUUACUGUUAUAAGUCAAAGCUGGUGGAAUAAAUCCUCUGGAAAGAGUGCAACUUCAUUACAAGCAGAGAACAAAGUUUUGGUUUAGACCUUUUUGUCUGGAAGAGAUAAAGAGCAAUGUGUAUAGCCAGAGGUGGUUCUUGUUGUGCAGUUUGGUAUUAUGAAAACUAAUUCUGCAAUAUUUGCUUGUCCAAGUAGUAAUGUGUCCUAUCUAUUGCAUAGUUCCAUUGCACAAAGUACUAAAGCAGGCUCUGAGGGUUUUCUGGUAUGUAAGCCUUGAGGAGAAUCUUCAGGAGCACAUUUACAUCUCUUAUGGCUUUAUCAAGGGCAUUGUAUCAGCUGUAACCUUUGAGGCUGGCAGCAUCUCAUGGUCAAUAUGAUAACAUAUUGAAGUAAGCAGAUGUGUUUAGUAUGUGCUGUCUUAAAUUCAGAGUGCAAUCACUUUUAUGUGAUAAUACUAUUUAGAAGUAUAUAAUGUAAUUGUGGCAGGCAUGUGUGCAAUGAUUUUUUUCUGUGCAGUGUCUAUAAGUAUAAUUAAAUUAUGUAUAUAAAACCCAUGUGAAAUGAUUUCCCACCCAGCAAUGACCAGGAUGCACAAGUAUGAAUUAAAACAGGUGGUAGACAGACUUUAGUCAGAAGUCUGACACACUAAACGUUUCUCCCUAGCAUCUGUAUGCAUGUGAGGUGGUUGAAGAUUUAUCUGUUUUGUCACCUCCUUGAUUCUAUCUCAGCACUGCUGGGAUCCAGCCUCAGCUUGCAUUUUCAGCUGAGCAUGAACUGUUGAGUAUAUUGCAUGCCAAAAUACCUACAUUGAAUGGAAAGUUAGUAGGCCACUGUGACUAUUGUGUAGCGAGUCUUCAUCUUGCUAGCUCUACUGUUUUUUCUAAAGCGCUUAUAUAAAAAGCUGCUGUUAUAAUUGGAACUGUUCUAUGGCAACCAGAACUAAUUGCAUAAACCAUAUGGCUUUUGAACUUCUGAUAUCUUUUCUCUUGAAAAGCAAAAAAAGCCUACUUGCUUCUCUGCUAGGCAAACCUUACUCAUGACUUGCUUGAACUGCUGCUAAUUAGAAACUGGCAUUCAGUUAAUGCCGUAAAAAGUGUUUAAGAAUGUUCGGGUUUAAAAUUCUACCUGUGCUUGGUGAAGUAAAAGUAAGUUUAUUGAAAGAUAGAUGGCUGCUAUGGACUGCAUGUUAGAGAGAGGCACUUUGCUGAACUGAACAACUGUGUCUUUAAUUUUUCUUUCUUUCAUUCAGCAUUAUAAAGAGAGCAGAUUUACUCAGUCAACUUGACUUUAUUGUUCUCCUCUUAAUCUAUUUUAAGACAAAAUCUUCCUUAGUAGGUAUAGAACCCUGUUUCUUGAACAUAAUGAUUUUAUAGGUUUUGAUUGCAGUAACUUCUAAGCUGUUUUAAUAACCUGAAGUGUAAUACUGUCUCUGAGGCUAAUAGUCGAAAACUGAAUUAGCUUUUUUUAAUGGUACUUCAGUAGUUCAGUAUUUUAAAAAUAUUUUGGGGGAGGGCAGAAGAAAACUCACAGCUCAAAUGCUGUGUUAAGAUGCUGGUUUAGUACAGUGUUAAAGCUGAAAACUCAUUUCAGAAAGCUUUCUAUUUUUUUCCUAGAAUGUAAUUAGCCAUAUUAAUACUCUUUUUAGGUCAGAUAGAAGUGUAAAUAAAACGCUAAAAAAAGCCAGUUUUCCAAAUGAGAUGUAAGAGAGCAGUCUGUACAGACUUGAAAGUAAUAAAAAUGGUAGAAGAACCAGUAGAGUGAAACAAGUUUUUAAGACAUAAUGGGUUUUUUUAGUCUGAAAACUAGCUUGCACACUGAUUGCAAGUACUGUAUAGAAUGCUUCAAUGAAGCUAAAUGUGUUAUGCAAGCUGGAAGUACUUCAACUGACAGGUGCUCUUGGCUUUUUUUUGAGAAAUGCUGCAGUGCUUAAGAGAACUGUGAAGUCUCCAGUUAGUACACUGAAGUCCUGUACAAGCAAGUAAGCUGUUCUAUUGAAGUUUUCUAUCUAGUGUGUGGUUCACUGGAAGCAAAUAAUCUCUGGGGUCACACUGUUUUGCUGAGAGCCAUAGAGAUCCAAAUACAUCAUGUUGUGCACAUCACUAUAGUCUCUGUAGGACAAGAAUGUUGGAGCCUGCUAUUUGAAAGCAGUCUUCUUAAUGAGGCUUGUCUGAACUUGAAAGAAAUCAUUUGAGAGCGACAGAUUUUAUUCAUGUAGUAAGCAGUUCAUCAAAUAUAUUUGCCUAUGAAGUUGUUAGUGUUAGUUUUGGGUUGAGACCACAAAGAAUGGCAUACAAACUUGCACUGGAUAUCAAAGCCUCAGUAUUUUGCAUAAAAAGGUGAUUGAAGGUCAUAAUUAACAUAAAUUAGAAAUAAAGACCAGACAUUAAGUCAGCUAAGCAGGAUUUUGGUAGCAAACUGACCUGAAGAGUAACUUGUACCAUUUUAAAACAAAAAAGUUUUGAAGUACUUAUUUAUAAACUCUGAAUGCAGCAGCCUUCUGAAACUUUUUUUUUUUUCAAGUUUAGACUUACCUCAUCUGCUAAUUGUUGUCAAGAAGGAUCCCUUUACUAACAGCAGUCUCAAGCUGUGGCAGUGGUCAGGAGUCUUUCUGUUCCUGUUGUGGUUGUAUGUCACAUGUGGACUACCUGUAAUCAUCUGCAAAUGGCCUAUUAGCUUUUGUGGUAUCCUCCUAGCAUUGUUCAAUACGGCAACUCCAAACUAACAUGGCAGUCAGACUGUGUGAUGUGGCUUCUCUGCUUAGAAGUGGUUCGUGGGCAGCAGAGCCUUGGACUGGGGUCUGUGGGACUUUUCUUAAAUUCUCAGGUAAUUGCUGCCAUGGAAACACAACUGUCUAAUGGACCAACUUGUAAUAACACAGCCCAUGGUUCAGCCACCAUAAACAAUUGCCCAUCACCAGUUGAUUCUGGGAACACAGAAGACAGCAAGACCAAUUUAAUAGUCAACUACCUUCCACAAAACAUGACACAAGAGGAACUGAAGAGUCUUUUUGGCAGCAUUGGGGAGAUAGAAUCCUGCAAGCUUGUUAGGGACAAAAUAACAGGACCGAGUUUGGGUUACGGUUUUGUGAACUAUGUUGACCCCAAGGAUGCCAAAAAAGCUGUCAAUACCCUGAAUGGAUUUAGACUUCAAACUAAGACUAUAAAGGUUUCUUAUGCACGUCCAAGUUCAGCUUCUAUCAGAGAUGCAAAUUUGUAUGUUAGUGGACUGCCAAAAACAAUGACCCAGACAGAACUGGAACAGCUCUUUUCCCAGUAUGGACAUAUUAUUACUUCUCGUAUUCUGGUUGACCAAGUCACUGGGGUGUCACGGGGCGUGGGGUUUAUCCGGUUUGACAAGCGAAUUGAAGCAGAAGAAGCUAUCAAGGGCUUGAAUGGUCAGAAACCUCCAGGUGCCACAGAGCCCGUCACUGUAAAGUUUGCUAACAAUCCAAGCCAAAAAACCAAUCAGGCCACUCCAAACAGAAGGUAUCCCGCCCCUCUAGCUCAGCAGGCUCAACGUUUUAGGUUGGACAAUCUGCUCAACAUAGCUUAUGGAGUAAAGAGUAGGUUUCCUCCAAUGACCAUUGAUGGAAUGACCGCUUUGGCUGGAAUUAAUAUCUCUGGACAUGCAGGAACUGGGUGGUGCAUUUUUGUGUACAACUUGGCCCCUGAUGCUGAUGAGAGUAUCCUCUGGCAAAUGUUUGGACCUUUCGGAGCAGUGACCAAUGUGAAGGUCAUCCGUGACUUUAACACCAACAAGUGCAAAGGUUUUGGAUUUGUGACAAUGACAAACUACGAUGAGGCAGCUAUGGCAAUAGCCAGCCUGAACGGAUACCGCCUUGGUGACAGAGUAUUGCAGGUCUCCUUCAAAACAAAUAAAACGCACAAACCCUAACAAGUUAUUCUCAGUGCAUUAAUACGUGAAAACUAUACAACAAAGGCAAUUUACAAGAAGCUUUAUGCAUUAGUAAAUGCCUUUGUUGUAUUCCAGUGUGGAAAUGGGGAUAAAAUGACUACUUAGCAUCCUAAGAAUAUGUGAGAUUUUUUUAUUGCUAAUAUUUGAAUUAGAACUUCUUAAAUAUCUUUUGUCUUUGAGUAUUGACAAGAGGUAGAGGGUUUUUACCUGUUACAAUGCUUAUUCUAUUGCCUUCUUUGAAGAAGGUGGGACUUUUAAAAUGUUUCAGCUAAGGGAAGAAGUUUCUUUUCUUUAUACAUGACUUCCUUUAAUUUAUGAGUAAAUAUUGAGGUUUUGUGUAAUACUGUAAUUUUUGUCAGUUCUUGAUUUGUUUUGUGUUUAAUUUACCUUGCAAUGCAUUAUUGUUUUCUUGUUCAAGAAAAGUAAAGUUUACAUGUUAUUUAUAAAGUUUAAGCAGUAUUUAUUUCAUCAUCUUCAUUUGGGCUGGGGAGUGGGAGCACAAUAUUAAAGCUUAUUGUAAGAAUACUGGAGAACUUUUCGUAAAGCAUUGCCAAAGAGAUAAGAGCCUCUUUGAUGUGGGUUUAAAAAAGCAUCUAUUUUUAUUAAAAAAAAAAAAAAAAAUUUGGAGAAACUUUUUACUGGUCCUGGAACAAAUAUUUUGACAUGAAUACUUUGAGAAAUCUCUUCAUAUGACACCUAGUGAGCUUUUAAAACUACCAGAAAAUUUGCAAUUGUUGGGAAAAAAAGUAGAAAUAUUUAUGAUGUAGAACUACUUUUGAGACCUUUGUAUUAAGAAGUAAAGUCAAUGGAAUGCACUGUUGGUUUCAUUUUUUGUAAUCAUCAGUGGAGUCAUUGAUCAUCCUGGUUAUUAAGUGGUAGGUGGCUCACUUUAAUUUGUGAUUUUGAAGCAAAUGAAAAUUUAAGAAAAGAAUAUAAGAGCAAGCAGAAAAUUCAAACACUGAGAUAUGGGGGAAAUAAAUCUGUUCUUCCUAAAGAAUUCCCUUCAGAUAGAGCUCAUGGUGUUUAGUGAUGUACUUGCUAUUGUUUGAAGAAUUGUUUUGUCUUAAGAAAAGACAUCAAGCAUGACUUGUGAAGUAGCAAAUCAACAGAAGUGGCCUGAGUUGGAUGCAUUAGGAGGUAUUUUGAAAGUUAUGUUCAAGGCUAACACCUGAGCUUUGUGUAAUGUAAAUAAGACCUUAAGUUAUGAACCUUUCAGCUAAUUUUGAUUAUAGUUUUUUUAAAAGUUACAUGCCGAGUGAUGUUCAAUUUUGAAUGUUUUUGUAUAAGUUUUUUCUAUGUAAAUGGCAUUAACAUUGUUACUUGAUGUCUGCUUCAUAUUUUCUUUUUUUUUUUUUCCUGAGGACUUGAAUUUACAGUGCAUCAGAUCUGUUGCUAUUUUUGUCUGUAGAUAAUCCAGCUUCAGCUGUUUAUGGUGAUGCAACAUUUUCGUUCAUGAAUAUGUUUGUGGUAAAAAAAAAAAAAGUAUAAACAUAUGUUUUGACCAAAUUUCCUUACAUUUUUCAUAUGAAAACCAUAAAUACCUGUAUGCUAUUGAAGUUUAACUUUGUAUGAUGCUUAAAUCACUCUUUGGGGAAAUAGAAAAAGUCUUUGCCAUGUAUUGAAGAAAUUUAAGGAAAACAAAUGCAGAAUAUUUUCUGAUUAGCAUCUAGCUUAUAAUAAUUUUUUUUUUUUUAAAGCUGAGGGUUUGGUGCCUUCACAAGGAUGCACUGACAACUACGUAGUUACGUCCUGCUUUUUGUAUAAACUGAAAUGCUCAUAUGCUUCCCCUUAGAAAAAGCAAUGUUCUAUGCAUAGCAUAGUUGUACACUAUCUUUGCAGUUGUUUUUGGUUCUUAUUCUUUUAAAUUGUAGUUAUAAAAUUUUCAGUAUAGUACAGUAUAUAUACUGUGAAGCGCGUGCUAAAGUGAAUAAGCAAGUUUUCAUGCUGACCCACUCAAUGCUAUUCAAAAAUCAAUUGGCUUCCUGAGUACUUCUUCAUUCUUAGAUGCAUUUAGAUUGUUAAAAGCUAAUCCUCUGCAUUAAAAGUUGUAUAUAGUAUAGAAAUCACAAACUUUCCAAUGUGGGAGAAAUAGUAGCUUUUCUGUACUUCUUUCCUGUACUACUAUAGCAACUGACAGCAUUGAUGAGAAGGCAUGUAAAUUGGGCUUAACUUUACAGUGCUUAUCAGAGCACUUAGUAAAAUAUAAGGCUGGUAUUUAUUUGAAGUUGUAUAGUAUGACUUAAUUCACAUUUGUUGGAAUAGAGAAUAUAUUCUGUUGGGUAUUUAAGAGGUUGUACAUGUUUUCUUUUGUGUUUGGAUUCUUUGUACUUUUUCAUGUUCAGUACAUCAAUAAACAAAGUUGAAGGGAAAA